AUGCCUAAUAAAGCAGUAUCGAUAUACUACUUGAAUUUCAAUCAAACAGGAACAUGCAUUUCUAUGGGAACAUCAAAUGGGUUUCUCAUUUUCAAUUGUGCGCCCUUUGGUAAGUUCUACUCUGAGGAUUCAGGAGGAUAUGGCAUCGUGGAAAUGCUCUUUUCUACAUCUCUGUUAGCAUUGGUUGGAAUAGGUGAUCAGCCGAUGCUAUCACCACGAAGGUUAAGGAUAAUAAACACAAAGAAACACUCCAUCAUAUGCGAAGUGACAUUUCCUACCAAGAUAUUAAGUGUCAAGAUGAAUAGAUCUCGGAUUGUAGUGGUGUUGAAAGAGCAAAUCUAUAUAUAUGAUAUUAACAACAUGCGUCUAUUACAUACCAUUGAGAUUGCCCCAAAUCCCGAAGGUCUUGUGGCGUUGUCAUGUAACACCGACACUAACCUGCUUGCUUAUCCGUCACCACCUAAAGUAAUAAGCUCCGAUAUAAAUCCAAAUGUGAAUACGAAUACAAUUAACAUAGCUAGAAGUAAAAGUGAGGAACUGAUAGCGAACAGCAAGGAUAAUAAUCUUCAGAAUAAGUUUGGAACAACUCUUGAAGGUCAACAAAAUAUUGACGAAGAUAAAGCCGCGAAUGGUUAUCAAGUGGAUCAAAAUACAGACACUGCAGAAAAUGACAUUAAUAGUGGUGAUGUUAUAAUAUAUGAUAUGAGUACAUUGCAACCAUUGAUGGUAAUAGAAGCCCACAAAGGUGAAAUUGCUGCUUUAAAUUUUAGUUUUGAUGGCUCACUAAUAGCCACCGCUUCAGAAAAGGGCACUAUUAUCAGAGUGUUUUCUACAUCAUCAGGUGCUAAAUUAUAUCAAUUCCGAAGAGGUACGUAUCCCACCAAAAUAUACUCAUUGAGCUUCAGUCAAGACAAUAGGUUUUUAUCUGUUACUUGCUCAAGCAAAACAGUACAUAUAUUCAAGCUUACGAAGACAGGAGAGGAACGAACGAGUGGUGGAGCAGAUGAUGCAGAUAGCGAUGAUAGUGGCAACGAGAAUGAUGGAGAUAAUAACUCCGUUGGUAACGGUGACGUAUCAAGUUUGUUAAGUGACAAUGAUAUAGAGAGUACAAGGGAACCGUAUGUGGACGCAUCUAGGAAAACAAUGGGUAGAAUGAUAAGAAACUCUUCACAGAAGCUAUCUAGGCGGGCAGCCAAGACGUUGGGACAACUGUUCCCAAUCAAGGUGACAUCCAUACUAGAACCUUCUAGGCAUUUUGCAUCAUUGAAACUGCCAACCGAUUCAAACAUUUCUGGAAACGUUAAGACUCUGUGUUCCAUUGGGAAUGAAAUGGAAGUAGAUAAGGUAGAAUAUCCAGAAUUGUUUGAUGGACAGGAUCAAGGAGACAGGACAAAAGUAACAAUGCUACCCAUCCGAGUCAUAUCUUCCGAGGGAUACCUUUACAACUAUGUUCUCGAUCCCGAACGUGGAGGUGAUUGCCUCUUACUAUCUCAGUAUUCAACAGCCAUAGACCAAUAG